AUGGCAGAGACCCUGAGCGAGCGCCUCCGCGGACAGGGAAAGGCACCAGACGCGACCACACUGUCUUAUCUGACCUACCUGGCGGGACAAUCGGUCGAGUCCAUACGAACUACAGAGCCACAGCGACUAUCACAAACAUCAAAUUCCCUGCUAUUAUCCAUUCAGUCGCUGUCCAAAAAAUCUCAUCGACCCAUUGUCCAAUCAGCAGCGAGUCACACAGCACUGCGCCAGCUGCUUCCCUCGCUGGCAAAAAGAGCGGGCGAAUUGGCGCACACAGUCCCAAGGCUUGACCAGGCGGCAGAACUAUUCUCUUCCGGUGUUGGGAAAUCCAGCGAGAAGAGCAGUCUCAUCGCAGAGAGGAAGAAGGCACUCCGUCUCCUACACAACGGGGAGAGACUGGUCGAUAUGAUGGAGCUCCCACAGCUUCUCAACUCCGCUAUCGCAUCCAGCCCUAUCAGCUACUCAUCCAGUCUCGACCUUUAUGCACAUGUCCGCCGUCUUGCGUCCCUAUAUCCAUACUCAACUCUUGCCACAUCUGUGCUGGACGAAGCAAACUCAGUCAUUAGGCGAAUGGCCAUCGACCUAAUAGCUACACUACAAACCCCCAACCUGAAACUCGCCCCAAGCCUCCGUACGGUGGGCUGGCUCAAACGAAUCAUCCCCGAGCUUGUUGCCACCUCCCAAACAGGGGAAUCACUAUCUGCGAUAUUCCUUGUGUGUCGACUUCGCACAUUAAUUGCCACACUAGACGCACUGGAGCCUUUGAAACAGUUGGCGGAAGAAGAGCGCGUACGGAAAGUAAAGGUAUCCCAGGCUUGGUCUCGGGGCCAGCACACAGAGCGGUAUAUCAAGCGGUUCAUCGAAGUAUUUCGCGAACACAGUUUCGGCAUGGUAUCGGUUUCCAAAAGUGUGGAUGCUAGCUUUCCCCAGACAGAUGGCACAGCCGCUGACCCAGUGUUUCCGCUGCCUUCCGUCCUUGCCAGCUUCCCGCUGCACCUGACAGGCCUUCUGAUGGACACCUUGCGAACAUACCUGCCCGUCGUCAAAGAUCAAGCCGCAAGGGAAAGCAUCAUAACGCAGGUGUUGUACUGUGCUGGAAGUCUGGGUCGACUAGGCGCUGAUUUUGGCCGACUUGAGUCCGUCAUUGGCGAACACAGGACCAGCCAGACUUCGUCCAUCUCGCGAGGCGUGUUUUGA